UCUCACUCUGCUCUUCCUCUGUAGCGUUUAGACAGCCACAGAAUCCUCAAAACUCAUCUUCUUCUUCCCAUUCUGAAACCUCUACCGUUGAUCAUCUAAACCAAUCAAUCAAACGAUAUAAAAAAAACAGAGCUUUGAAACUCCACAAGUUUGUUUCUUUGCUCCGAAACAGAGGUUCUGUUUUCUUGUUCUGUUUUUCAAACGAUGAGAAAGUUAAGAGGGAUCAAGAUUAGAAGACCGAUUCAACGAAUCUCAAGAUGGAUCCUCCGGAAAACCCGACUCCGACGAUCCAGAUACAUCCGGUUAGGCCCGACUCAGCCGGUCAGCAAACCAAAAGCCAUCACAAAACUCAUAAGCUGGGGACGCAGUCUCACAUCACACAGCGCCAGGUUUCUCGGGUCUAAAGUAUCGAACUCCGGAUACACACCGAUCUGUAAGGAUCCGAUUCAAAGUAAACCCGACCCGGUUCCGAAAGGUCACUCGGCGGUUUACGUCGGUAAGAAAGACGGAGACUUUCACAGAGUUUUGGUGCCAAUCGUUUACUUUAACCAUCCUCUGUUCGGUGAGCUUCUGAGGGAAGCAGAAGAAGAGUUUGGGUUUUGUCAAGAAGGUGGGAUCACUAUCCCUUGUCCUUAUUCGGAUUUUAAACGGGUUCAGACCCGAAUUGAAUCCGGGUCGGGUUUUGGUAAACUUCUCUGGAGCCGGCGCCGGCACGGAAGAUGACGAAUGACGAUGAUAUUAUAAUGAUGAAAACAGUUUUUUUUUUUACUCUUUUUACUAUUUACUUUCUUUUGUGACCUUUUCACUGCUUGAGUUUUUUAAUCCUUUUGUAUAUGUGAUAAUGUGGUGGAAGUGGGAUUUUUCUUAGUUUGAAAACUAAGGCGAUACUGUAAAUAAUUUAGAGAUUUUUUUUUUUUUU